AUGAACUACCACAAACUGGAUGGCUGGAGAGAAGCACUCUACCUAAUCCACUUGCCUGCUACAAGCACCGUGGCCGAGAAUUCUCCACCUGAGACUCCAGUGCACAAGUUUUCUGUGAACUUAUCAGCCUCGCUGUCGCCUGUGAUCCCAGGGUGGCCCCUGAUUAUCAACACAAGCCCCCUCACUGAUGCCUUCAAGGUGAACUGGCUGUCAGGCACUGACUUUGAGGAUCAUGACCUGAACCUCUGGCGAUUAACAUUAGCCCUGACUCGGGUCCUGCCUGCCAUUGCCCUGGGGAUGUGGUGGAACCCCGUGGGCUCAGCCUGCUUCGUCGAGGCCAGUUGCCUCCUUGAGGUUGUCACCACUGGGACGGAACAACUAGACUUUGAAACAGGACCAAACAUAUUUGAUUUGCAGAUUUAUGUCAAGGAUGAUGUCGGUGUCACCGAUCUCCAGAUCCUGACUGUCCAGGUGACAGAUGUGAACGAGCCGCCUCAGUUCCAAGGCAACUUGGCAAAAGGUCUAGACCUGUACGUACCGGAAGGCGCAAACCCGGGAUUCAUUUACCAGGUUGAGGCCUUUGAUGCAGAAGACACAAGCCGAAACAUACCCCUCAGUUAUUUCCUGAUCUCCCCCUCAGUGAACUUCAGAAUGUCUGCUAAUGGGACCCUCUUCUCUACAACAGAAUUUGACUUUGAAGCAGGACACAAAAGUUUCCAUCUGGUUGCAGGAGUGAGGGACAGCCAAGGGCUCGAAGCCUCCACAACGCUCCAGGUGAACAUUGUGAAUGUCAACGAUGAAAUCCCUCGCUUUACCAGCCCAGCGCGAGUGUACACGAUUCCCGAGGAGCUGGCUUCAGGCACCAUUGUGGCCAACAUCACAGCGGAGGACCCCGAUGACAAAGGUUUUACCGGCUUCCUCCUCUACGGCAUCACGACCCCUAACCGCUAUUUCAUGAUCAACCAGUUGACCGGUACGAUCCAAGUGGCCCACAGGCUAGACCGAGAUGCAGGUGAAUUAAGACAAAAUCCCUCCAUUUCUCUGGAAGUUCUGGUGAAGGACAGACCCUCAGGGGGUCAAGAGAAUCGUGUGCAGAUAACCUUCAUCGUAGAGGACAUUAAUGACAACCCGGCCAUGUGCACCAAGACCACCUUCAGCAUUAUGGUGCCUGAAAGAGCGGCCAAGGGGACGUUGCUUCUGGACCUGAACAAGUUCUGCUUUGAUGAUGACAGCAAAGCACCAAACAACCAAUUCAACUUCACCACGCCAUCUGGAGUGGGGAGCAGCGGCAGAUUUUCACAGGAUCCAGCUGGCUCUGGGAAAAUCGUGUUGAUUGGUGACUUGGAUUAUGAAAAUUCAAGUAAUCUAGCAGCCGGCAAUAAGUACACCGUGAUAAUCCAGGUGCAGGAUGUUGCCCUUCCUUACUAUAAAAACAACAUCUACAUUUAUAUCUUCACAAAGCCCGAAAAUGAGUUUCCUCUUGCCUUUGACAGGCCAUCCUAUGUAUUUGAGGUGUCAGAAUUAAGGCCAGCUCGAACCCGGGUGGGAGUAGUGCACGCCACCGAUAAAGACUCCCCCCAGAGCAGCAUCGUGUACUCCAUCUCCACGGGAGGAGCCAGCCUCCAGUACCCAAACAUAUUUUGGAUCAAUCCCCAGACGGGAGAACUCCAGCUGGUGACGAGAGCAGACUACGAAACAACCCCCAUCUAUAUUCUCAGAAUCCAGGCCACCAAUGGCGAGGACAGCAGCUCAGUCACUGUAACCGUGAACAUCCUUGAAGAAAAUGAUGAAAAGCCAAUUUGUACCCCAAACUCUUAUUUCUUGGCCAUCCCCAUGGAUCUGAAAGUUGGCACAAACAUUCAAAAUUUCAAGCUGACGUGUACCGACCUUGAUUCCAGCCCCAGGUCAUUUCGUUACUCCAUGGGCCCAGGCAACAUCAACAGUCAUUUCACCUUCUCUCCCAACGCUGGGUCCAACGUUACAAGUCUGCUCCUUGCGACAGGCUUCGACUAUGCCAGUGGGCUUGACAAGAUCUGGGACUACAAACUACUUGUCUACAUAACUGAUGACAACUUGCUGUCUGGCAGGAAGAAAGCUCAGGCUCACGUUGAAACAGGGACGGUAACGCUGAGUAUUAGCGUCAUUCCUCACCCCACCACAGUUGUCACCACGACCACCAGGCCCAGGGUCAUCUACCAGGUCCUGAGAAAAAACGUUUAUUCUCCAUCAGCGUGGUAUGUGCCUUCUGUCAUCACUUUGGGCUCCAUAUUGCUCCUGGGCCUCCUGGGACCCCUGUUCGUCCUGUUGGCCAAAGCCAUCCACAGACACUGUCCCCACAAGACUGGGGAGCCCAAGAAACUUCCGGUGAAGAAAGGAGAGAUGAAGACUACAAAGCCAGAGGUUUUGGUGGAAACAAUUCAGAUGAACUCUGUCUUUGAUGGAGAAGCCAUCGACCCAGUUACUGGGGCAGUAUAUGAAUUCAACUCAAACACGGGAGCCAGAAAGUGGAAAGAUCCCUCAACCCAAAUGCCAAGAUGGAAAGAGCCAGACCCCCAGAGAACUGCUCCGAGUAGAGCUGUCGCUGGGGAAGGGGCCAGGCCACCGAGGAGCACCGGUGAGCGAGAUGGGCUGAGCGGCAAAGCUCCAGCUGAGGACGCCCGUUCCAGAAACCAGAAUGGCAAGCCGGGCACCCCAAAGAGCAGAAGCCCAGUCCUCACGAGCAGGGCUUCCCCCAAACUGCACCCGGGAAAAUAACAGGUAUCUGGGUGCAGGCCCCACAUCGCAGCAAGGGGGAGGGGCCUCGAGUGUCUCUGGGAGACUGCCUCGCCCUAGUUCCCAUGAGGGCAGGGGUGGGAGCAUCAGGGGUGAAAACACGGGCUGAAGGACUGAGAGAGCCAGGGCCCCGAAUGGGAUGUUUAAAACACACAUAGUUGCCCUUUUCUGAGACAGCACGGGAGAAAUUUCUCUCGGGUCUCUGUCCUCUGAUCAGAUGAACUGUUAACUUUUGGAUGUGGAAUCAUGUCUCUUCUUCAUGUGGACUGCUGGGAAGCUCCGUAGGAAGUGCUCAGGACUUCCUGACAUAAAUACUGAGGGCUCCCCUCACAGCGGGUUUCAUCUCGAUCCCCUAUCCUUGUGUAGCACCACUCCAGUUUCUUCCCUGAUGAACACACAAAGCCACACACCUUCGGAAGUCACCUCAAAUGUUUAAAAAGAAACAGAGCAGUAAAAAAAAAAAAAAAAAUUGAUGAAUAAAUAAUCAGUUAUUCAUCUGGGGAGAAGAAAACACAAUGGACACCUUCUUGUAUUUUUUUUUUUAUGAAGGUGUAACUUACGUUCAAUCAAGUGCAUGGAUCCAAGCUAUUCCACUCAUAAUAGGCUCCCCUCAGAGGCAGCCACUCUUCUGAUCUUGAUCAUCCUAGAUUAGUUUUUGCCUUUUCUGAAUUUCAUAUAAGUGCAAUCACACAGAACAUGCUCUUUUGUGUCUGGCUUUUUUUUUUUUUUUAAGAUUUAUUUGUUUAUUUUAAUUUUUUUUUUUUAAGAUUUUAUUUAUUUGCGAGAGAGAGAAUGAGAGACAGAGAGCAUGAGAGGGAGGAGGGUCAGAGGGAGAAGCAGACUCCCCGCUGAGCAGGGAGCCCGACGUGGGACUCGAUCCCGGGACUCCGGGAUCAUGACCUGAGCCGAAGGCAGUCGCUUAACCAACUGAGCCACCCAGGCGCCCCUAUUUGUUUAUUUUAGAGAGAGAGAAGGGGGGAGGGGCAGAGGGAGAGGGAGAGAGAAUCUCAAGCAGACUCCCCACUGAGCUCGGAGCCAGACUCGGGGCUCGAUCCCACAACCCUGAGAUCAUGACCGGGCCGAUACCAAGAGUCGAUGCUUAACCGACUGAGCCACCUAGGUCCCCCGAUGUCUGGCUUCUUUUGCUCAGCAUCACAUCUGUGAGAUUCAUCCAUGUGGCACUAUAGAUUAGUGAUUCAGUUCUCUUCCACUGUGUGUCCUCUUCCAUUGCAGGACUAGGCCUCAGUUUGUUUAUCCAUUCUGCACUUGGGUGGCUGCUUCCGGUAUUUUACUAUUAUAAAUCCCAUCGCUAUGAACCUUCUUGUGCAGGUUUUUUGCUGGGCAUAAAUCUCUUAUUCCUUCCGAGCAUAUUCCUGAGAGUGGAACUGUCAGAGCCAUUGCUGGCGUUGGCCGAGAAUUCCAAAGCUGGUGGCGCCAAUGUACAUUUCCACCAGCCAUGACUGAGAGUUUCAAUUGCUUUACUUCUUUGCCCACACUUGGUGUUGUCAGUCCCCGUCAUCUUAGCCAUCCUGGUUAAAAUUUCUCUUGAAAUGAAAUCACUCUUUCUCAAAGUUAAAACAACACCCACCGUCCCACCUCCGUGCCCUGUUCCUCCCCUACCUCCUGCCAUCGGAGGGAACCACAGGACCCAGAGGGGAGACACAACAGGAAGCUCUAACCAGUCAUACAACUGGGACUUUCCCCAGUGGGCAUGAACAAUACUGAAAAUAAACGGUAGCAUGAUGGAGCAGAAAAUGGAACUUUCCAGUGUGUGCCUAGUGGAGGCUGAGCAGGUCUUGCUGUAGCUCUAUGUCCUGCCUCCGACCCCUCCAGCUGCUAUGUUCCUAAUCUAGUAACCAGAAGAAAGGCCCAGCGAGAGUCUAUUAGAGCAACACACCCCCUUCUCAGUUGGGGAGCCAGAUGAGAACUCCCCAGGCCCACAAUCCUGCAAAUGCCGAACUUCGAGGGAGCGGCUGUGUGUUCAUUGUGUGUCUUUGCACGAGGGUGACUUCUUAAGAGAAAGAAACAUUGAAAAAAUGCCCUGUCCGGCCUAGAACAGGCGUGAUUUAUUAAUAAGGGUUGGUUGCCAGGGAACUCCCUUGAAUAGAUUUAAAUUUUGCAAAAGGAGGCAGAGCUGUUCAUUUGUGGAGGUUAAAGUGGGUGAAGUGGCUGAUUACCCAUUUAAGACUCCACAAGUCUGUGGAGCCCUGAGUAAAAUGCCUUCCUCAGAAGCUCUCAGCCUCAAUGCAAGUAAAAUGAGGCUCAGAGAAGGCUGGAGGAGGACCUAAUAACUGUUUACGAGCCCAUUAAGGAUGAUUAAAAGGAGAGCAGUGAGCAGCUGUUUCCCCUUCUCCAGUGAUGACAGGGCAGGAGGGAAUUGGGCUUGGGCUUCUCGGCCAGAAGAGAUUUAAGUCAGGCACAGGGAGGGACUUCCCGAAGGCUAGGGUCUGUUUGAGGGCUCAGUUUCUCCCCUGGUGAUGGGCAGGAAGAGCCGCUUGCCUUCCAAGCCCCAAGAUGGGAGCCUGGAGGAAGCCAAGACAUGGGGUCAGGAGUGGCCCCAGGUGAGGCGUUCUUUGGCCAAGAGAAAAUCUGCUCUUCCCUUUGCAUAUUUGGUUCCUGGGUGAGGGGAAAUCAGAAGUCUGAGGUCCAGGGCUGAGGCCAUUUGUUUUCUAACAUUUACCAGGUCUGGGGAAAAAAAAAAGUUAUCUGAAUAAAAUAAAGCCAGGGAGUGCUACGGAUCUUGUGAAAAAUUUCUCACAUUUCCCUUUCAAGGCCUUAAACACAUAUGGACUUCUGUAGCUAACUUUGAGUUGCCUGCUUCUGAGUCAUAAAAUUGGGGCAGGGAUGUUCAGGGAUUAGACCACAGAGGGACCCAUCAUUGUUGAGGGAUGUGAAACCACGUGGUGAAUUCUGGAGUUUAAGCUUUCCGUCGCGCUCCGUGGGAAGCAGGGUGUUACAAGCAUGUGCGGCUUGCGAACAGAAACCAGGCAUGGACACUUUCACUCCUCAGAGCCCUCUUUCGCAUCUGUACUUCUAUCGUUUGCCUUUUUUUAUGGAAUGUGCUUUGUGAUGGCUGAGAAAAUCCAAGCGACAAAAUGAGUGAAUAUUGAAAAGGAUCGCUACUGAAACUUGGCGUUUCUCAUUUCAUACUUAAUGUGCGUGUUUAUAACUCCCAUUCAUUCAAUAAAUAUUUAUGGAGCAUCUCCUGUGUGCCAGGUGUUGAUUCAUGAGUAAACACAGCUGCCCCAAAUCCUUGCCCUUGGGGAGCUUCCGUUCUGUCUGCUACGGCUGACC